CUGUUUCCGCCAAACACAGACGACGGCGUGUUCUUGAUAUUGGAUCAAGGGGAAAUCAAAGCAGUUGAUCUGAAUACGAACGCGAGUACUGCAUUGGUUCGACUGAAGAGCAUAAGAGAUGAAUUCGGGCAAGAGAAGCUCGCUUUCUAUGGCAUACGCUUGUCCUCCGACAUGAAGUAUCUGCUGAUCCAAACGGAUUAUCGAAAGCGAGGGCGCAGAUCAAGUCUUGGAAAUUACUACAUCCAUUCCCGCGAUGAUAACUCCACCUGGCCACUGGUACCUCCCGACCAUACCGAUCCCCAAACCUCCUAUGCAACGUGGUCGCCGACAGGACACUCCAUAGCAUUUGUCAAGUCAAAUGACGUGUAUAUUCUUCCUUCUCCUGGAGCCGAGACCACCCCCGUCCGCCUGACAUCGACAGGCUCUACAACAUUAUUCAACGGUAUCCCGGACUGGGCAUACGAAGAGGCGAUAUUUUCCUCAGGCCAUGCUUUGUGGUGGUCACCUACAUCGUCAAAGCUCGCGUAUUUGUCGUUCGACGAGACAGAUGUACCCGUCUAUACAUUCCCGGUGAACAAUCCUACGGAAGACCCGACGGCCUCGUUGCCAUACCCUAAGCAAGUUGGAAUUCACUAUCCCAAGCCGGGUUUUCCAAAUCCACGGGUGCAGCUAUGGGUCUGGGAUGCCGCAACAAGGCUAAGCCAAGAGUUGGAUCUAGUUUCGGAAGGCAGCGGCGUGGUGCAAGAGGUGGCUUGGGUCGGAGAAGAGAUGCUGUUGGUGAAAUUCGUUAAUAGGAGUGCGGAUGAGGGAAGGGUAGUGCUAUUUGACUUGACAGAGGGAUCACAAAUGGAAGGUCAAAUUGUGAGAAAACUGGGGAGGGGCGGCGAGGAGGGAGACAACGGAUGGAUCAAGUCGUCCCAGGAUGCCUAUCGCCUACCAUCAGAUUGGUCGAUAGAUUCGAGUGGAUCAGCAUAUCUGGACAUAGUUCCUAACAAAGACGGAUGGAACCACAUUGCGCUGUUUGACCCUGCGAAUGCGUCAGAGCCGGUGUGGUUAACAGGAGGCGAAUGGGAAGUCAUGGACGGAAUUAACGGUGUCGAUGUUAAACGUGGUGUUGUCUUCUUCACAGCCACAUCUCCUUCGAGUACAGACAGAAAUGUCUAUAGUGUAUCUUUACCGACCAACCGACAGAGUGGCGGUAAGAUCAAGGCAUUGACCGAUACGACCACUCCGGCACAUUAUUCUGCAGAUUUCUCACCAAAGGCUGGGUGGUACUUGCUGAAGUACCAUGGUCCAGAUGUUCCAUGGCAGAAAAUCGUCAAAUCGGAUGAGACUGGGUUUGGCUUUGUGACAGAGCAAAACGACGACCUGAAGAAUGUAAUAAGGCUCUACGAGGCACCAACAGUUCUGCACUCGAAGAUCGAGGUUGAUGGCUAUGAAAUGAACGUCAAAGAAUUCCGGCCACCGAACAUGGACGAGUCCGGAGAAACAAAGUAUGCCGUUCUUUUUCACGUUUAUGGUGGUCCCGAUAGUCAGUCGGUGCAUAAGAAGUUCGAGAGAGGCUGGAAUGAGUAUCUAGCGUGCACAAUGAGGUAUGUGGUAGUCAUUGUAGAUGGACGAGGCACAGGUGCAAAGGGAAGGGCAAUGAGAAACGUGGUUAAAGGGCGUUUGGGGCGGUGGGAAACAGAGGAUCAGAUUGCAGCUGCAAAGAUAUGGGCGAUGAAGAAGUAUGUUGAUCCGAGAAGAAUCGGAAUUUGUGGAUGGUCCUAUGGGGGUUUCUUGAGUGCUAAAGUCAUAGAAGCGAAUGCUGGAGUACACACAUUGGCGAUGUCCAUUGCUCCUGUGACGGAUUGGCGGUUAUACAGUUCCAUCUGGACGGAGCGUUUCAUGAACGAGCUAUCAUCUAACCCGGAAGGCUACGCGAAUGCCUCGAUAUCGAACGUUAAGGGAUGGCAUGGAGUGGAUUAUCUCUUAGCACAUGGGAGCGCCGACGAUAAUGUGCAUGUCGGGAAUUCUAUGCGUCUACAGUCAAUGCUCGCCGCCGAGGGUAUAAAAAGCGCCAGAUUCAUGACGUUUCCUGAUAGUGAUCACUCGAUGAGCCGAUGGGGAGGCACGAAAGGGAUCUACGAGUAUAUGACGAAUUUUCUAGAAGAAAAAUGGGGAAAGGAUGGGAAGAGAAAGGGGCAAGCGUUCGGGAUCACGAAAGACUUGCGUUGGGUUUGAUAUCCUCGAGAUGCCCCUCGUACCGACUUUGCGCUGGAUAGCACAGAACAACACAGGCAUAUACUAGAGGUAUUUUAGAAACGCUAGACACAUAACAGCACUUAAACACGCACUAGAAUAAACACACACCCGUAGUAGACCUACGUUUAGUCAUGACCUGGCAAAUUUCCUCCAGAAAUCCUCGAACCCAACCGCUAUCGAUACUAAGCUCAGGUUAGAUAGUAUGUCAUACAUAAAGUAAUGAGAAGUACCAGCAAACAGUGGUUUGAGGUGGAACAGAAAAGAGAUGGUGGUUG